AUGGCGACAACUAUAGAAACCGCCCCGAUGCCCUCUUCUAAUUUCUUCAAGCCUUUGGCACUCGGGAAACCGUUGGAGAACUCUGAAUAUCUAAAGCCAAACGGUCAUUCAAACUUCACAACGAAUAAACACCAGCGCCUGCCUCAGCUGCUAGAAGGCCUCAAGCAAUAUGGAGUCGCAUUCCAUGAGACCCAUGGCUCCGAUGUCCCACCAGAGGCCGUGAUGCAUGACCGAAAUGCACCAAUACCUGCUCUCGUCAUUUGUCCCAAGAGCGAAUGGGGGGUCUCCAAAGCGUUGAAACUACUGAAAGACUUGGAACUGUAUGGGAAGGUUCCGGUGUCAGUCAAGAGCGGUGGACACGGUUACUUCAAUGGCGCCUCCUGUUCGGGCAUCAUGCUGAGCCUCGCCCGCAUGACGAAGAAAUGGGUUGCCGAUGAUAUCCUUCACCUGGAGCCUGGCUGUAUCUUGGGACAGACCAUUGACAUCCUAGCAAAGCAUCAUAAAGCGGUACCGCACGGGGAUUGCUUCGGUGUCGGUGCCGGUGGCCAUUUCCUCACAGCUGGAUGGGAUCUUAUCCUUGCUCGAAAGUAUGGUCUUGGGUGUCAAAAUGUCAUUGGGGGUCGCGUUGCGCUCUGGGAUGGCUCGGUCAUAAAUGUCAACGAGAAUUCUCACCCCGAUGUCCUCUUCGCGAUGCGGGGAGGAGCCUUAGCGGAAAUAGGCGUGGCGACUGAAAUACGCCUACGGUUGAUUCAAGAGCCACCACAGGCCACAUGGCGAUUCACUCGUAUCUCUCAAACACAGCUGGAUACAGUAGUCUCGCAAGGGGCCUUCUCGAACGCCCUCAAUCUUCCCCGGGAUGUGUCUGUGUCUAUACGAUUCCAUUUCGAGCCAGAUCAACUUGAACCAGUUUGCUCGCUCAACGUCGUUAGUCUUCUCAGUUUGAGUCAAACGCUUGAUAGUCUGAAACGUCAUUUGGGCCAUGAAGUCACGUCCCUAGUGGAUGAUGCUCAAGAAUGGAAUCAAGGGUCUCUUCUUGAUGUACGAAUGCUCCCCGCCUCUGAAUUUCUAUCUUUCAACCGCGGGAUGUUGGCUGAGAUGUCACCUGAAGCGCUAAAAGCAGACCCUUGCAAGUAUUGGAAGGAGACUUCCGUGCUACGGGAAAUGGCAGGCUCAUACUUGACCUCCAUCUCAUACUGGGUGAAGCCUACCUGUGAGGCAAUGUUCCCCAAACUAUUUGAGAAGUUCAAGUCCGUCCAGCAUCAUGAGUCACGCAAGAGGAUGUAUGUGCUGGUGAUCCUAGGCGGCGGACGAAUGCUAGAUCUGCAAAAUGAGUGCGCUAUGCCAUUAGGCACGGCGCUAUCCAGGUUUGAAUUACACUGGGACGAACCCGAAGAUGAAGUCUGGAGUCGGGCAUUCACCAAUGACGUGGCCAAAAUCAUUCAAUCGGAAAAGGAUGAUGGACCCAGCCGGCCCUAUCGUGGAGACAUAUGGCUCAAAGAACAAGCUCAUGAUGUGAAGCUGUUGACUAUAUUCAACGAAUAUGAUCGCAGGCUAUCUUAA